UGAGUAAAGUUGCCUUUGUACCUCGUCUUACUACAGGGAAGUUAAAGUGAAGGACAAGCUGCUAAAAUGACAGGCGGCAUAGGCGACAGUUCAGGCAAGGUCCUGACCCUCGAUGACCUCGUCGAGGCGAUGGACAAGCGGGAGAGAACGCCGAGAAGUGUCCCCAAAGUCGACACCUUCCACUUCAAUGGGGAACGGGUCUUUGAGUGGCUGGACCUAGUGGAGCAAGCCUUGGUGGGAGUACCAGACGAGACAAAAUUCAAACGCAUCCUGCAGUAUGUGCUCCAUAAGCACCAUCCGGAAGUACAGAAGGUGGUCGACGACGCUAACGGCGACUGGGCUAAAUGUAGGGAAGGGAUGCAACGGAAGUACAGGCUGGGAGACGGUCUGCUGACUAUGGUGGACCUAGAGGCAAUGAAUAGGGACGACUUCACCACCAUUGGGGCGUUCCUGCAAGAAUUCAAAAAGAAGGCGCGAAAGACCCAGCCAGCGGUACCACCUACGCCGACGCCCACACAAAGAUCGCAAGGUAGUGUGGCGGGUGGUGGUAGUCAAGGCCAAGGGAACCAAGGGAAUGCGGGAAGGGGCGGUGGACGAGGACGUGGCAGGAAUGGUGGUGGCCGAGGAGGCCAAUGGGGUAACCAAGGUGGCCAAGGCAAUCAAGGUGGCCAAGGCAACCAAGGGGGCCAAGGCGGUGGAAGGGCCCGAUUUGAUUGGAGGACUGCCAUAUGUCAGCAUUGUGACCAGCAAGGUCACACUAUACGGUUUUGCAAUAUCAGGCGGGAGGACGAGAAAAAUGGACUGAUUUAUUCUAAUAUGGAUGGGGACAUUUACGACCAAUUUGGAGAUUUUAUUGAUAGGAAGGCUGGUGGGGUUAGGGUGGAGGCCCAACGAAGGUUGGCAGCACGUCAACCACCCCCUGCCACGUUCAGGCUAUGGCAGGAGAAGGAAGAACUGCCAAUUGGAGUUGAGGAAGUAGGAAGCGACGAGGAAGUAACCCAGAGGCUACAGGCCGGGGAUGUAAGAGAGAAACCCAUAAUCAUCGAGUCGGACGAUGAAGGUGACGAUGAAAAGGUAGAGACGGCGGUAGUCCUGCUGAAUAAGAUGGAGGACUUAUUUGCCAAGGUAGGAAGAUACCAACGGAAGUUGGUAGAUCUCUGCGAGGAAGUGAAGGAGUGGAGGGCUAACCUCCCCAAGGUCUUCCCUUAUGACUCUGGUCCGGAAUCCAUGCCGGGGCGGUCCGAAGUGACCAUUGUGGGGACGGGCCCGCGAUCAAGGAUGAUGACUAGGCCCCCUACCCCGCAAGCUAGGCUGGCUCAGGCAGCCCGCACUCGAAGUCAAGCCAAGGCAGGUGCGAGCCAAGAACCUCCUCGCAAGGAACCCGAACCAGAAAAGGGGAAAAAAACUGUAGAGGUAGAGGAUGAUGAUGAUGAUGAGGGGGAAGAUGACCGAUUACGUCAGGAGGAAGAUCAGAGGGCCGAACAGCGAGCCAAAAAAAGAGAAAGUCGGGGAGAGGCCGAACCGGUUGUGCGCGACGUACCACCAAAGAGGAAGAAGUAUGCGGUCCGGCUAGAGGAGGGAUUUGAUGUAGAGCGAGUAAUUGACAGGCUGCUUGAGGGCCAUAAUGAUUUAAUGACCCUCAAGGAGAUCCUGGCUUCCGCGCCAAGGCUCCGAAAUGAGCUGAAGGGUAGACUGUCAAGGCGGCUAGUACCAAAUAUUCACCUUAGCGUGAUCCUGCCCAAGGAGAUGGAAUGGGUAGAGCCAGGGACGAAAAUGGAUUGGAAGUGUGUGGCUUGUGGCGUCGUGGACCUAGCGGUAAAAGGCUCUAAGUGCACGGCCAUGGUAGAUACGGGUGCCGAACUGAAUAUUAUCCGGGAGGCUGAUGCCGUCAGAUUUGGACUGGAGAUAGACCGCUCGGACUGCGGCAUCCUGCACGGGGCCAACAACAAGGUUGUGUUCUGUGGAACAGCCCCGAAUGUGGUACUGGAGAUUGGCAGGGUGAAAGCGCGGGCCUGCUUCUUUGUGAUGCCUGAUGUAGACCACAGCAUCCUCCUGGGGAGGUCCUUCCUAUGCAGGACAGAGACCUUGAUGUAUAAUAAGCAUGAUGGGUCAUUGAUCUUGAUCUUAUGUGAUCCAGCAUGCGGGAAUUACGAAGUGAUUACCUGCCGAAACACUGGGUCAAGGAGCCUAAGGAACAGGCCCAACCCUGGCUCUUUCACGAUUGAAAAGUCAGAAGACGCGCAUCGGAGGCUUAGGGCAGAGCCCGAGGAGGAGGUAGGAGGUGAGGCCUUCUCGCUCAGCCUGUCGGAUGUGGGAAAGGCCAUGGAUAUAGUGGCCACGCACGAGAUGGCCGAUCCGGAUGCCACUCAGGCGUUGAGGGAGCAGGUUCUGGAUUAUCCCCAGGAUCAGGAAUGGACCUGGGGUGAGCAUCAGGAAGAGGCCGUGGCCAACAUGAAGGAGGAGUUCCGGGAACGAGGGUUGGUACUGGGAGCGCCCGAUUAUGACGCUACGGAGACGAGACCAUUCAUUGUGGAGACCGAUGCAGGACCGACGACCUUGGGUGGAGUUCUAAUCCAAGCAGACGUCAAGGGGAAGGAGAGACCAUUGCGCUUUGAGAGUCGCACGCUGUGUACGCCGGAAAAAAACUACUCUCAAUUCAAGAAGGAGACCCUUGCCGUCCUUCAUUGCCUGCGGAUUUUUCGAAACUACAUCUUCGGCAGGAGGUUCAUCUUAAGGGUAGACCCAACGGCUCUGGCUUUCUCCCUGAGGAAUUAUGUUCCGUCUGAUCCAACAGUUGCCAGGUGGUUGACAUACAUCUGGAUGUUCAACUUCGAGUUGGAACGGAUCCCAGGGAACAAGAACAGUGCAGAUGGGUUAAGUCGCAUCAACUGGGAUAGGCAGGACGGGGAAGCCGUAGAGGAUACGCCCCCUCUUGAUGGCUUUCUGAACCAGGACGAGGACAUCCGCCUCCACAUCAAUAAGUGGUCCCCACGAGUCCCCAGCUGCCUUGGCCAUCCUAUCUGGCACGCGCCUAAGGGGUAUGAGCGGAUUGCUGAGUUAGUGCUCAAGCCUUUCGAAGAAGAGGAUCCCUGGGGUGGUAAGGACGUCCAAUGGAUGACCAAGUUGGCACUCGCAGAUAGCCAUUGUAUGGUGGAUGAGGUACUGACGAUAGAAGAGGGUCCGGAUAAGGUAAAACACCACGAGGAAUUAAUGGGAGGGAUGUACCUCCUCGUCAAUGCGCUUCAACAGGGGUCCCUUGAUCUGGAAAGCUCACUAAACCCGACUGAGGGAAGAAAUACUGUGUUGGAGAGCCAGGAUGACGAGUUUGAAGAGGGAGAGAUCAAGGAGGCAUUCCACGCAGAGGAGUAUGAUGGGAUUUACCUCGAGCUGGGGUUUCUCUUAUCCUGCGAGAUGCGUGAUAGAGACGCAAGCCGUAGGGCGCAGAUGAUGAGGGAUCGCUACCUAGUAAGGGACGGUCAUCUCUUCGUAAGAAGGAAAGUAGGGAACCCCGGGCGGGUGGUAUGUGGUCGCAACCAUCAGAUCGACGUCAUAGCAGCGCUCCACGAUGGCAUUGCAGGCGGGCACCGGGGAAUUACUGCCACAUAUGCCAAAAUAAGUGAGCUAUACUACUGGGCCGGGAUGAUGGAGAUGGUUGUGAAGUUCUGUCGUUCCUGUGUGCCGUGCCAGGAGCAGUCUCGUUUAAGGCCAGAAGAGUCACUGCAUCCAAGGCUGGAGAGAGAGGUCGGGGCCGUAGUACACCUCGACUUAUUGUUCAUGUCCCUUGGAGAUCAUGGCUACAACUAUAUCUUCGAUGCGCGCGACAACCUAUCUGGCUUCGUAGAUGGACGGGCAAUCCGUACGAAGACUGGGCCAGUUCUGGUCAGCUGCAUCGAGGAGUAUUACCUACGCGACCCGUUCGUUAGAGAAUUCGUAAUGGACAGGGGAUCGGAGUUCACUUGUCAGGAGGUGCAAGAGCUGCUGUCAAGAUAUGGGGUAGUGGGCGCGAUUGAGGAAAGGGUCCAAGAGGCGUCCGACCAGGUAGAGAGGAGCCGUAUGGAUGAUAAGGCUCGCUGGGACCAGUCGGCUCGUGUGAGAAAGGUACCCUUGGUAGUUGGGGACGUCGUGCUCUUGUAUGAUUCAUCCCUGGAAAAACAGUGGUCCAGGAAGCUGGACAAGAGGUGGUUAGGUCCCUAUCGGAUCGUGCGAUGCGGAGAGUUCGGCGCCUACCAGAUCGAGGAGAUAAAUGGAACAGAGUGGAAAGACUGGGUGUCAGGAACGAGGUUGAAGAAGUUCGUGGCCAGAGAAGAGGCGGAAAGACCUUUGGCCAGACAAAUCAGGGAUAUGGCCCGAGAUUGGGAUGGUUGUAGAGCGCACUUGAGGGCGGCAUUCCGGCAGCCAGAACCACCUCGGCCUAGAGUCGAAAGGUGCCUCAAGAGCGGUAGGCAGAGGGAACCUGAGCCCGCUGAGGAUCGAACCUCACGAAGAGGACGGAAGGCGCUUGCUAGGCGAGAAAAGGAGGACGUACCUGAGGCAGAACGAAAGGGGGAGCACCCCAAGGGUGGACUGGGGCCAGUAGAGUUCCACCGCUAUACUGGGGGAGGACUGGGAGAAGCGCCACAGCAUAUACAGGAAGAGAUACCGGUCGUUGAAGGGUCACUGCAAGAGUUAGAGGCACAUCUGGACGCUGCCCAGUGGAGAGAGCCGCUGAUGAGUGAGAGGCGCAUUGAGGCCGUCGCGGAAGUACCGCAGGAGGACGUUCCAGACCCUGAACAGGAGGAAGAGCCGAGUGCUACGAAAGACCGGAUUGGGGAUGAGAUCAUAGAAGUUGAGGAAGGUACUCCCCCUCAGGGACCAGCCGUGAGGCUGAGGCUCGGUAGUCCACUCGAGAGCCCGCCAGAUACGAGGAAGCAAGUACAAAGGGAGGAAGUCUCGAUCUCGGUACUAGAGACAGCCUUAUCGCCGACAGGAAUGGAGGCAAGUGAGGUGGAGAGGGCCAGCCUGAGGAGGGAGGCAGACAGUCUGAUUAAUAGCCAUCUGGCCGCCCACGCUCUGGAGCAGCCUAAUCUGCAAGAGGUCAUAUGGAGGUUGACGACCCCAGGCAAGGCUGAGGCUGAAAUGUCACAGAGAGCUAAUGAGUAUUUGGAUCAGAGGAUUCGCUCCGUAUCCAAGACCUCCUUCGACAUGCAUAUGAUGUUGGAGGCCGAUCUGAGAGGGAAGGAACUGAAGGAAGCAGGGUUGGAGUCACGGUUGGGGGCCAUUGAGACAGAAGUCUGUGAGCUCAGGGCUCUGGUGGCUAGCCAGGCCGCCACCAUCCUGGAAUUGAGGCAGCAACUCCAUGGCAACAGGGAUGGGGCGGAGAGUAGCAGGCCAGGAGGGCAGAGUCAGCCAAGACAUGGCGUAUCAGAGCGACCAGUUGUGGCCGAGCCUCAGCAAGAGGCACCUAUGGGAAGAGUCAUUUUUGAGCUUGAGGAGGCAGAGGCCAAGAGGAAGGCUGAGAGGGAAGCCUUCGAAUUCAGAGCCCCUACAAAGCUUGCGGUGCUACCCACGAUGGCUGCAGACCCUGCCAUGCCACCGCCACUUGAGGAGAGACUGCCCUCGGCCAGUGAUGAGCCUCCCCAAGGCUCGACAGGAGGAUCCUUGGACGUGCUACUGGAAGCAGUCCACUCUAUGCAGGAGGAUGCUGGCUUGUUUUCGCCAGAGUCCAAGUUGGAAGAGCCCCUGGAGAGCGAGAUGGGAGGUGCAAUGGAGGGCAUCAUCGCAGGCAGGCCCCAGAGGUUGGAUACUCCUGACUAUGAGGUAGAGAGAGCAAGGGCGCAACCAGGGCCCAAUCCGCGAGAGUCGGAAGCAGGAUCUGAGACACCCAGAGAUGUGCCUCAGUGCCAUGAGUUGGACGGAGAAACCAGGGAAACCCCAUCGCCAGCAGGACCCCAACGGAAGAAGAAAAGGCCUAGGAAGUCCUUUGACUCGACCUGCUUCUAUUGUACGAAAGAAGAGCACAGGGCAUUGCAGUGCCUCAAAUUCCUWAAGGACCAAGCAGACGGGAAGGUCUCGGAGUAUGAUGGUAAGAUGUAUGAUAGGCAGGGUAGAAUGGUGGAACGAGCUGUAGAUGGGGGUAGAGCUCAAUUGUACAGGCAGAACCAGGAAGAGAUGAGUGAGUAGGGUCUGGUUCAGGAUAUUUCUUUGACGAUUUUGCUAUUACUUAGGUAGGGUGGACACCUACGACGUU